AUGAUCACGGACGUGUCUUAUACAACAUCCCUAAGCUCCUUUAAAAAUGUAGGACAACUUCUAUAUGACCUUGGACUAUCUGCAGACUCAGUGAGAGUUAUAGACAGUUUGAAAUCAAGUAAAGCACCUGAGGAAAAAAUUAAGAAUUCAAUAGUUGAUUUAGAAAAUUUAAUCCUAGACUUAGAAAGUAUUCAAGGAAUUAUUUUUGAAGAUUUUAAUCAGUGAAGCUAUUGUUCAAGCGCAGAAAUUGUUACAAGUCCUGUCAUUCCUUUAGUAUAUUUUUAUGAUAUUCAUCCGAAAAUAGGAUAUUCAAAUUUAUAUGACUCAGUAUCAGAAGUUAUAUUAGCCGUAAUUUUUAUAUAGUGUAAAAGCAUAAUUAAAGCAAUUUCAGAAAAUGAAUCCUACCUCAAAUAUAUCAAAUUUAUUAUAGUAAAUGGUUCAGGGCAUCUUUAUGAUCGUGUAAAUUCUACAAUGAACGGUAUUGUGGACUGUGAAAUAGAAAGAGUAAAGGAUACUGGCACAUAUAUAUAGGGCUUUCCCUUGAAUAGCCCGAUAACAGGCUGGCUUCAUCCCGUUAUCGGGCUAUUCAAGGGAAAGCCCUAUAACAAUUCUUUUAAUUUUUGGAUUUUGUGUACUUGCGGCGCUGAGUUUAGUAGUUAUUGGAUUCAUUUUUCUGGUUUCUAAAAAAUAUGAUAAAUUUUGGAAUUUUAUUAUAAAUAAUUCGCAACCUGCAUUAGCUAAACUUAAGAGUUCAGCUGUAGAUAGGCUUAUACUUAUUCAUGGAAUUGAUUAUAACUCAGAAUCAAACACAGAAAUUUCAGGAAGCCGCAUAAAAAGAAAAGUAAGAACUUCUGUGUAUUUACAAUAUAGCUAUAGACUUAUGAUUUUUUUCGUAAUUGGAGCUUUUUACUAUAUAUUGAUUUCCAUUUACCUAUACCCACAAUGCGAAGUUCUCAUGAUCAAUCGUCCAAAGCUUCUUACUUCUUCACGAAUGACUAGAGUUAAUUAGAAAGCUAAACCAUUUAGCUAAUAUAAAAAUAAAGCUUUUAUAAUUUUUUUAUAUAUAUAGAUUAUAGCUAUUAUAAUAAAUUUUAAGCUGAUUUUCUUAAAUUUUAAUUGAAAAUUAAACAAAAAAUAAAAAUUUCUUGUAUAGUUAUAUUGAACUAAACAUAAGAAGACUCAAUAAUUAAAAUAAUCUCUUGCUCACUCGUGAAGAAGGGAGGCUAGCAAUUUUAAUAUGAGACGAUCAAAUCUUAGAUGGUUAUCAAUGUUUUCUAGAGAGACUUAUAAUCAUUAUUUGCAAAAAAAAAUUCCUCAAUAUUUUAAAUUUGCAAACGCCUGGACAAGUGUGUAUAAAGCAUCAGACAUUUUAAAACUUAAAAAUAAAGAGCUCACUCCUUCCUUGCUUGCAGACAGGAUAUAGUAAUUGUCCGAGGAUGGCGCAAGAUAGCGCCAUCCUCGGCAAUUACAAUAUUUUUGCUCGAUAAUGAAAAGCUAAUUUUUAUUCAAAAUUUAUAUAAAAUAAAUAUGUUUCAAGAAAAAGGAGCAAUUUUUCUUUAAAUAAAGGGAAUUUUUUCCAAUGGUUUCACUAGCUUCAAAAAGGGAAGUCAGAGAAAGCGAUUUAAAAAAUUUAAUGUCGCAAGAAUUAAAAGAAAGAAUCUACGUAAAGGUGGAUUCUAAUCAUACAAUUUUAAAUCAUGGAUCAGAAACAGCAAUUAAUAUAGCUAUAGAUGAUAAUCAAAGCCAUGGAUUAUAUGAGCUAUUGACUGGAGACAAGAUUCUCUCUUUGUUUUUAGAUGUAGUAGCGAUUCAAAAUGAGAUAAGCCAAGAGUUUCAACUAGCAGAUCGAGACUCGAAAAAUCUUAUAAGUGGAAAACUAUACAUAAUUAAAGACUAUUUAUUUUAGACAAAAUUUCGAUUCAAUUAUGAAACCAGGGUGGCAUUUCUUAAAUAUUUAUAUGAAUAGGUAUAGAUUCUAUUAUAAAUACAACAAUAGCAUAUUCAAUAGCAUUGCUUAUAUUAUACUUUUGCUAUUAUUUACCCUAUUUGAAUAGGCGAAUUAAAUAUCUUACUCUCCCCUGAGAGAACCAAAUUUUUUUUUCACUCAUGAAAGGGGGGUAAUUUUUUAUUUAAGAUUUAUAUAUGAAAAUUUUUUUUCAAAUUUAAAAAAAUGCCAUUUCGCAAAAACUGGAAAGCAAAUAUUAAUUUGAUUUGUAAAAUUUAUAUUUGUUUAAAAUUAAAGAUUUCAUUAUACUAAUUAUAAUUAUAUACAAUUUUUUUUUCGCUAACGGGAGGAAGUUAGCAGAUUUUUAAUUCUUACAGAAAUUUUACAAAUGGAUCAGGACUAA